AUGCCCUGGAUCUGGCUCGAUAACGUCAACUCGCCCGCGGUGCGGGUGGAGAGCGCGACGAACAUGCAGUUUGUCGGGAUCGGGAUUGGAUUCCCGUGGACGAACACCGGCAUGGUGGCGUGCGGCGGGCUGCCCGAGUUCCCGUCGCGCUGGACGUGCCCCGUGCUACACAUCUACCGCGGAUGGGCGGUCACUUUCUCCAAUCUUCCGCCGCUUAAUCUCCAUCCCUCGCUUUUCCCUCCUCCCCCUCCUCCAACCCCCUCCCCUCCCCCCGCCUUCCUCCCCCUCCCCCCCACUUCCCCGCCUCUCCCCGCACAUUCCGCACAUCCGCAGGGGCAAGUGCAGGGGCGCACGGACGUGUAUCGGUCGGGCGCGGUGGAGUUUUCGUACCAGAAGCACGUGGUGGAUUAUCUGGACGGCACGCUCUUCAGCUACUCGUGCAUCCGCUUCGCCGUCAACGGCGACCCCGUCAACCUCAUCCGCUCGCUCAACAAGGUCGUCAACAGCGAGAUCCGCGGCGCGUGGACGUCGAUCAUGAUGUACGCGGGGACCGUGGGCACCAUCAUCGCGAACAACUACAUCACGGACUUUCAGUUCUGCGGCGUGCAGUGCGGCAUGGGCGACAGCAACGUCGCGGAUUGCAUGCUCAACACCAUCCAGGAUAACUACAUCAUCCCCGGCCCCGCUUACCCCACCAACAACGGCGACGGCGCCGGGAUCUAUUACGAUCUGCAUUGGUACAACCCUGGCAAUCUGGACACGUGCAACUACAUCGUGGGCACGACGCACUGUCACUACCUGGACUUCACGACCUCGGGCCUCACUAUUGACGGCGCUGUGUGCAUUCGCAACCAUGAUGGCAUCAAGAUCAACACCGGCCACGCGUGA